AGUGCAAAAAAGGGAUGAGAGGAAGGUAGAGGUGUGCAUAAAGAGGGAAGUGGGAGGUCAAAAGGAUGGGAGGAUGGGUUAGUGUGCAUGAAUCCUGAUGGUCCUCUGGCAGAUUGACCAAAGCCGAAUUGAUUCGCUCCUCCCGUAUAAACGGAGAGCAACAGGAACAAAAGAGGCUUAAGGCUGAAAAGCAAGCAUUUCACUUUGAGAUUAAGAGACAGUGGCUGACUGAAAAGACGGAGAGAUAAACACAGAAGAGGUGGACUGACAGUGGAAAUAGUUAAUGUCUAAGAGAGUGAAUGGCUCGUGGAUGGGGUCUAUCUCUGUCCCGUCCUCCAUCCCUCAUGCCUUCCACUCACAGCUCUCUUCGGCCGCUGACCUCAGCAUAGCCAUCUUACUCAUCAUCACAGGUGUGGUGUCGGUGGUUGGGAAUGGGCUGGUGUUGUUGGUUUGCGGACAGAGGAGAAAGAAGCUCAGAGCUCACGAGCUGAUGACCAUCAAUCUGUCCGUUUGUGAUUUUGGCUACAGCCUGCUGGGGGCGCCAUGUAUCAUCACCUCAAGUCUGUCGCAUGCAUGGAUUUUUGGGGAAACAGGAUGUAUGUGGUACGGGUUUCAGGGCUUUGUUUUUGGCAUUGGUUCUCUCAUCACUACCUGCCUUAUCUCCCUUGACCGCUGCUUCAAGAUCUGUAGCUUUCAAUAUGGUCAGUGGAUUGAGAGAAAACAUGCCUCUCUGUCUGUGGCUCUGGUGUGGAUCUAUACAUUAUUCUGGGCCUCACUACCUGUGUUUGGCUUUGGUAGUUACGGCCCGGAACCGUUUGGAACCAGCUGCACCAUAAACUGGUGGAGAAUGAAGUCUUCACUCAAGGAUAGAGUCUAUAUUUACCUGAUCCUUUCACUCUGCUUUGGAGUUCCAACCUUCAUUAUCAUCACUUCAUACCUCGCUAUACUCAUCAAGGUGUAUCGGUCUGGUCGUGUAUUGGCUUCAAUCCCUUCAUCCAAUGUCACUCACAACAGCAAAGAUCUCCGGCUGACAAAGAUAGCAGCAGUGGUGUGUUCCUCAUUUCUGAUUGCCUGGACUCCCUAUGCGAUCGUUUCGCUCUACUCCGCUCUGACUGCUAGAGAGGAGCACACUGGAGAAGACGGAGGAACCGCUCUCGUGGGUGGAAUGUCAGCAGCGGGGGUCGGCCAUGGCAGAGGGUUGUCUGAUGUCUUUGGUUUUCCCUUCCUCAUUAACUGGACCUCUUCAGAACACUUCGGGGAUGCUUUUGGCUCCUGGAGGAAUAUGACUUCUGAUCAUUCCCAUCAUUCAGUAGGGCAUCAUGGAUCAAGUUCAACUGUGGGUUCUGCACAUGGAGGAAUGAAUGGACAUCAAUCACAUCUUGUGUCCAUCCUGAAGCCAGAGGUCUCACUCAUUCCUGCAAUUUUGGCCAAGUCACACUGCAUGAUAAACCCCUUCAUCUACCAGAUCAUGAACCGUGACUUCAGGGAGGACGUCUAUGAUCUCUUGUGUCUGAGAGCAAAAGAUGGAGAGAGGAGGAGAACAAGGAGCACAGACGGCAGUGAUUCUGAUGGGUAUCGUGGAAGCGUCACUCUCUCUUAUAUUCACAGCUGGAGGAGAAGAAGCACACCUACCAGUCAGUCAUCUGGGGAGCGUGUGAAGAAAGAUUCCUCACGGAAGAGUAGAGGUAGUAGAGGGAGCCGAGGGAGUAGAGGUCAGAGAGGGUCCUGUCAGGACAGUACAGCAGUCGGGUGGGCAACCUUGGAUACUACAACCUUAGAUAUGCAGACCAACUUAGAAAGAGAGAGAUGGAAGGAGGUGGAAAGAGAGACGAAAAAAGAAUUGAGUGAACCCACCUCUAACAGCUUGUUGACGGGUGAAGAGUGAUGCUUGCUGUCUAAAUAGACAGCAACAGCAUAGUUCAUAAUGCAGUUAGUUAGCUCAAAAUAUCUGUUGUUUUAGGAAAAAAAAAAAAA